UUUUUUUUUUUUUUUUUUUUUAAUCUCCGUUCUGCCACAGCGCCACAGGGUCCAAAUUCUAAUCUCUCUCUCUGUGGCGAGCGCUCGGAAUCUCGCCGGAGAAACUCACAGUCUCACUGGAAACUGCAUUCAUUGAGACGGAAGGUUCAGAAAACUCUAGGGGAGAUGAAGAGAGUAGAAGGAGAGAUAGGGAGAGAGAGAAAACUUGUGCUUGUGAGAGAGAAUAUGAUGGAAUAAUAAUUAAAAAAAAAAAUUGAAAAAUAAGGGGGGGCGGGGGGGAGGUGAGGGGUGCAGUUAACGUGCAAUGCAGGGAAAAAAGGCAUCAAAGCUUUGGAGGAUCUUGCACGGCACAGAUGCCUAGAUGAUCCCCUUCUUCAAUCCCCUUGCCUUAUGCCGUGCGAGCUUGUUUUCUGAUCCUUUUGAUCGGCGCUCUUCGGAUUUCAACCGUUAGAUUUUGAUUCGAGCUUGCGGGAAGUUGCAGAGGGUUUUACUUCUCUUAGGUUUUGCAAUGCCAUCUAAAACAAUGGACCUACCUGGUUUGUCCUCAUCGUCUUCGUACUUCUCCGAUGACUUGCGUUUUCCUCAUGAGAGACAGCUUGGUUUUUGGAAGUCGGAUAGCGUCCCUGAUGGCUUUGCCAGCAGUAAUUCAGUUACUUCAUCACCUAUGGAGAAACUUAUACCAGUGGAAGGUCAGAUGGUGAAGUCUGUGGAACAUCCCGAGUCUUUUCUAAUACGAGACCAGCAAGUAAAGUUAAGCUUAAAUAGGCUUGCUGUGGGAGCAGGGAGAGCGUCCAGUCAUUCAUUGACUUUGAAUGUACAGCCGGCAUCUUAUUCUUUAGAAGGCAACAAUGGUAGCAUCAUGGAUGCUCAGUAUGAGAGUAGUCUCUUCUCAAGUUCAUUGUCGGAGUUGUUCAGUAGGAAGUUGAGAUUAUCAUCAAACAAUGCUCUAUAUGGCCAUUCUGUUGAUACUGUUGCCUCCCACUAUGAGGAAGAGGAACCCUUUGAAUCCCUGGAAGAAAUUGAGGCCCAAACCAUUGGAAACCUCCUACCUGAUGAUGAUGACUUGCUUUCUGGACUGACUGACGGACUUGACUAUAUUGUCCAACCUAGUGGUGGGGAUGAUGUGGAGGAGUUGGACCUUUUUAGCAGUGUCGGGGGAAUGGAUUUGGGAGAUGAUGGUUCAUCUGCUGGACAAAAUAAUUCUGGCUUUCCCGGGGGAGUUUCUAAUGGUCAGCCAGGGGCAUCUAAUGGUUCAAUAGCUGGUGAACACCCACAUGGUGAACACCCUUCUAGGACAUUGUUUGUCAGAAAUAUAAAUAGCAAUGUUGAAGACUCUGAAUUGAAGACCCUUUUUGAGCAAUAUGGAGAUAUUCGCACUCUCUAUACAGCUUGCAAGCAUCGUGGUUUUGUUAUGAUCUCCUAUUAUGAUAUUAGAGCAGCCCGAAAUGCGAUGAAAGCACUCCAGAACAAACCAUUGAGACGUAGGAAGCUUGACAUACAUUACUCGAUUCCAAAGGACAACCCUUCAGAAAAAGAUAUUAAUCAGGGUACACUUGUGGUUUUUAAUCUUGAUUCCUCUGUUUCAAAUGAAGAACUUUGUCAGAUUUUUGGCACCUAUGGAGAAAUCAAGGAGAUUCGUGAAACCCCACACAGAAGUCAUCACAAGUUUAUUGAAUUUUAUGAUGUCAGAGCUGCAGAGACUGCUCUUCGUGCAUUAAACAGGAGUGAUAUUGCUGGGAAGCGGAUUAAGCUUGAACCAAGCCGUCCAGGGGGAUCAAGACGGUGUUUGACACAACAAUUCCCUCCAGAGUUGGAGCAUGAUGAAUGUGGCCCUUAUCUGCAACAAAGUAGCCCUCCUGUUGACUCAACCACUGGCUUCUCUGUCCCAGUUCCACAUGUGGCAAUCACAUCUGGUAGCAUGGAUCAUGGAACUAUGUUGGGGGUACACUGUGCAAUUCAUAGUCCAUCCACGGAAGCUGCAUUUCAUCAUGAGAUCUCAUCUAGUGUUCCUAACAGCUUACCCUCUCUUGUGAGAGUUGAAUCAGUUGGCAAUCAGCCUGGCCUUGCUGACUCUGGACGUUCACCAGGACAACUGAAAUUUGAUAUUCGAGGCACUACGAAUUUCCAUCCUCAUUCACUUCCUGAGUAUCAUGAUGGCUUAACUAAUGGUGUUCAUUUGAAUUCUCCGGGCACCAUGACAGCAAAUAUCAAUCCCAGUCCACCAGAAAUAUUCAAUAACCGGCAGUUGCACAGAGUAAGCUCAAAUGGGCACUCAGUUGAACUCAAUGAAGCUGUUUUCGGAUCUGCUGGUAAUCUUAGCCGUCCUCUUCCUGGACAUCAUUAUGCGUGGAAUAGCUCCUAUCACACACAGCCUCCAGGAAUGAUGUGGCCAAACUCACCAUCAUUUGUCAAUGGACUUUGUGGAGCGCAUCCCACACCGCAAUUGCAUGGACUUCCUAGAGCACCAUCUAAUAUGCUGAAUUCAGUUUUACCCAUAAAUAACCACCAUGUGGGAUCAGCACCUGCUGUUAAUCCUUCUAUUUGGGAUAGGCAACAUGCCUAUGCAGGGGAAUCCCCUGAGGCUUCUGGAUUUCAUCCUGGUUCUCUUGGGAACAUGAGAAUUUCUAAUAACUCACUGCAUGCAAUGGAAUUUGUUUCUCCUAGCAUCUUUCCUCAUGUUGGUGGAAAUUGUAUGGACCUGCCCAUUCCCCCAAAAAAUAUAGGACUCCAAUCCCAUCAUCAGAGGUGCAUGAUAUUUUCUGGCAGAGGCCAAAUGAUUCCCAUGAUGAAUUCAUUUGAUCCUCCGAAUGAACGUGCUAGAAGCCGUAGAAAUGAAGGCGGCUCUAGUCAGGUUGACAACAAGAAACAGUAUGAACUUGAUAUUGAUCGAAUAAUGCGAGGGGAAGACAACCGAACAACACUUAUGAUAAAGAACAUUCCCAACAAGUAUACAUCAAAGAUGCUUAUGGCUGCAAUAGAUGAACGCCAUCCAGGAACUUAUGAUUUCAUUUAUCUUCCAAUUGAUUUUAAGAAUAAAUGUAAUGUGGGGUAUGCAUUCAUCAACAUGAAAGAACCUAGCUUGAUCAUUCCAUUCUUUCAGGCAUUUAAUGGAAAGAAAUGGGAGAAGUUUAAUAGUGAAAAGGUGGCAUCACUUGCAUAUGCUCGCAUACAAGGUAUAGCGGCUCUCAUUGCACAUUUUCAAAACUCAAGCUUGAUGAAUGAGGAUAAGCGAUGCCGACCAAUUCUCUUCAAUACCGAUGGCCCCAAUGUUGGUGAUCAGGUGCCCUUCCCAAUGGGGGUUAAUGUUCGUACUAGAUCUGGAAAAGCUCGGACCAACACCCAUGAGGAGAACCAUCAAGGAAGCCCACCCAAAUUGGGAAAUGGGGAGGAUCAUACUGGAGAUCCAUCGUCAGAUUGUUCAAAGGAGUUAGACUAAGCAAGCAACAUAUUUUUGUGGGCACUAACCUUUUACUUUACUGAGUAAUCUAAACCUUAUCCGACCCAAAUACUUGUGACCUAUACUCCAGCUGGCUGACGAGGGGAAAAAAAUUUAUCUUAUCCCUGACCAAAGCCAAGUAUAUUUCCAGUUUUCUUUUGUUUUUUCUUAUCAAUUUUUGAAACUGUAAGAAAAAGGAGCAUCACUUGGAGCUUCAAAAUUUUGGAUGGCCUUGAGAGUGUUAUUAAAAUGACAUGCAUAUGUAUAGAAGUUUCUGAGCAAUGAAGAGAUCUUACACUGCGUUUUGAUAUUGCC